AGCGUUGUUGAUGACAGCGGGCGUCAAAAUAAGAGCUAUGCCGGGUGCGAAUAACCGCCAGUUUUGUUUCUGCUGAAGAUUGCAUUGUUUGCUAGGUUUCGCCGAAGCCGCACAAUAGAGUCACGCUUGUUUCGUUAAUUGUACGCCUUACCCGCUAACCGGUAGCGGCGACACGUGCUGCGUACGCCACAAUGGCAAGCACGCUUAAUCCUGCCACGUUGGAAAAGCUGCUGCACCCGAUACAGGAAAUACGCGUCCGCUCGCUGCACGACAUCGAGAGCACGCUGAGACGAGCGUUGUGGGAGAAUGUGGACAUUGGCGUGAACGCAUCCGCCCUGUUCAAGAACUUGAUACGAUGGUUCGGGCACGUUCCGUUGGUCAUGGAGCUGACCGUGCUGGAGAUUAUGUCGCUCUUGCUCGAGAGUAAAUACGGGCUGGAAAUAGUGACAUUCUUCACGCCGAUGCGAGUGAUAAAGGAGCUGAUGAAAAUUCGCUACCUCAUUGGGACGAACGCCAAGUGUGACGAGCUGGUGGAAAGUAUCAUCAAGCAGGUGGAACGCAUCAAAUCCGGUUCCAUGAUCCCCACCACUAGCACGAGCACCACCACCAGCACCACGUCCUCCAGCAUGACCAGCAUCGAUCUGGACAGUGUGGCGAAUAGCGUGGGCAGCCUAAAGUUGGACGCGACCGAUCUCAUCAACGAUGAAGGCGAACCGGCGGCCGACAGAGGGAAAAGUAAAAGGAGCGCGGUAAACUCGUUCGCAGCUCGCUGGAAAGGUGACGACACGUUUUACACCGAAUGCUGGGAUGUGCAGGACUCGAAUGUGGUCGGCGUGCUGGAGCGUCUGAACGACUCACUGUUCGAUGAGACGAACGAGGAAAAUUAUCAGCGCGCUCUCAACUACAUCGUGUCGUACACGAAAAACUACCCACCGGAAUUCUUCCUGCAGCCGCCGUACAUUGGCCUCUCCCUGCUGCGCUUGAUACAGACCGGGCGGGUCGGUAUACGCAAAGGGUACGGUAUGCUGCUGUACCUGGUGGAAUCGUUCCGAAAGCGCAUACGCCAGCGGAUGCUUACCGUCACGUACAUUCCGGUGCAGGAGAAGCGCGCCCGCACCCAGAUAUCGCUCGGUGCGUUCGUGUACGAAAUGUUUAAGCUGUGCAUCGACCAGCUGAAGGAGGUGUCGAGCGACGUGGACAAGCUCGCGUCCAACAUGAUGCUGAUAGUGCUGAGCCAAACGACCACAUUCCUGAUGACGGAGCAUUUUUCCGAUCAGCAAAAAAUUCCCGCCCACCGGUUCGGCGAGCUGUGCGGCGAUCUCGGCCAUCUGGCCCGCUUUUAUCGGCAAGAGUGGGAGCAGGACUCGAGGAAACUGUACACCCGCACCCGGUACCGCAUUACGAUGCAAAUUUUGCUCGACUUUGUGCGGCUGUGGCAAAAGGAACCGGAGGCGGAGGAUGAAGCCGAUGAGGCGGCCGGUGCCGGUGGCAGGUCGGGCACGCUGCAGUACAAAUUUGUCGACAUCAAGCUUAGCUCGUCUGCGCACCGGAAAGCGUUGGCCAGUUCGGACCGAGUCUGGCGCGAAGAGUGUCUGAUUGCGAUGUACGACUAUGCGCUGCGGUACUCGUGCACGGAGAUGUACAAUCAGCUGGGCACGCUGGUGGACAAAUCCAGCGCACCACUGUUGAACGUGCUGAUGGGCUUGCAGGGAAAGCUGAUCCCGGCGGUGCAGCUUAUCCGGGACACGAGCGUGAACGCGAAGCUUGGCGACGAACACGUGCUGAUCAUGGGAUCGGAAGCGAUCAAAACGCUGUGCCUUCAUCGAUCGAUCGAUCUGGUGCGCUGUGUUUUGAAAGCGGUUGGCAACUGUUCCAGUUCCAUCACGGAAGACGAACCUCUGUGGGACAUAAUUGAAUCGAUUACGGUGCGUUUGUUGGCAAACGAGGAUGAAGAAAUAAGGAGCGAGGUGUACGAGAUCUGUGCGAACAUGAUGAAGGACUUUAUUGGACAGCUGGAUGAUGGAGCUAUCCUUACGCGACGCGGUCUGCUCUCCAGCUCGGCACCGAAAUUGCGCGCCAUGGGUAUUCCACUUUCGCUGCAGAUUCUCACCGAAAUCACGUGCUUCGGGUAUACCAGCCAGAACAGCAAGAUCCACCAGUGCGCCGAAACGAUGCUACUGUUUCUGUGCAACUCAAAGGCAUACCUGCGCGAGAAAUGGGUGGACGUGCAGGAGAUUCUUCUGCCGAUUGCGCCACUCCUGCAGGCGGCUGCGGUCGGAUUGAACGAAACGAAGCUUGGCCGGGUCGUGAUCGGCAUGUUCCAUCCGGACUUUGGUCUACCGUGGCUCGAUAUACUGCAGGGCAAUCUGCGGCUGCUGUUCCACAUCCAGAGCGGCAUCCGGGAGGAAGCACUGACGCGCGUACUCUUCCUGAUCAGUUCGGUCGAGCGGAGCGAAGAGUUUGCGCCCCGCAUUGAGCACAUCAGCGAUACCAUACCGAACACGAUCUGUCUGCUGCAGGUGCCGUACGGCAUUCCGCGACCGCCGAUACUCAACGUGUACGAUGCGAGUGCGGUCAAGCCGCUGCUGGAUGUGCUCGAGCAGGAAAACGGUGAUCCGGCAUUGCGACGCAGCGCCCUAGCGCAGCUCAACGUGAUGGCGGACGAUCCGGUGCUGUGCGAGCUGAUACACAACACGUCCGGCUGGGUGCUGGUAAUGCAGGCGCUCAGCAGAUCGUUGCUGGUGGAACCGCAGCUAGACUAUCCGGAUGCAGCCAUCCCGGCCGUGGGCAUACUGACGAAGCUGUGCUUCACCAUCAAGACGUUCCGCCGGUAUCUCGGUUCCAACACGACGGCGUGUCAGCUGAUUGUGCGGGCACUGCUUGCCCACCACCACAUUCCGGUGUUCCGGAUAGAGUGUUGCGCCCUGCUGUACUUGCUGCUGUUUGCCGAUUGCUCUACCGGAACACUGCCGCUAGUGUCGCUGCCGUACGUGUGUGCCACGGCCUCCUAUUCAAUCCCCUUCAUUUCGUCGUUCCACUGGCGCGAGAGCCCUUUCCGUGAAAGUUUGAGCAGCAACGAGCUGUUUAAGAGCAUUGUAAGCGAUGCAGCGCCGCCGCCGGGGGGUGACACGAGGGCGGGUGAAAACGGAGUACAUUCACUCGUCAACGGGGGGGGGGAUCAGUUGCCGCACGGCUUUCCCCUCAAGCAGUACGUGAACCGGUUCAUCCGCUUCACCUUUGCCGAGGUCUGGUACGAGGAGGUUGAAAAGAUGAUUAAACCCAGCAGCACGAAACGCGCCAGCAACGCCGCAUCCACGACCGAUGACGACGAGUGUCCGCUCGACUAUCCGGGGAACAAGACGGCGAUGGGGUUCGAUGCGAAGCUGCGCCUUACCAAGCGCGACAUCCGCUGGCUGAAGAUGGUGGACUUUCUUUCCAUCUUUCGCAAAAGCUUACGGCGGCUCGGUUCCGCGAAAGCGCACGCGGACGUGUACGUUGGGCUGGCCACGCUCGAGACGAACUUGAUCUUUCCGCUGAAGAACACCAUCUGCCAGCAGGAUGCGAUCAUUACCACGCUGAAGCGCUACCUGCACACGCCCCCGUUGACGGUGGCCGACCAGGAGAUGCUGGUGGAGGUGUUGAACGUCGUCGGCAUCAUGCUGCACCUCGGGUUCGUCAUGAUACGCGACUGGCUGUACACGGUGCUGGCGAUGGAGGACAACUUUUUCCUCACCCUGCUACGCUCGGACGAGUGCAUCGAGCCGCUGUACCGGAAGAAUGCGAACCUGCUCUGGGGAUUGCUGCAGCUGUACAACGGCGCCAAGAGCCCUACCGACCAGGACCGGAAGGAGGGCAAGCGCGAGAUUACGGAGCGCAUGGCGAAACCAGUGGAACGGGCGACCAAGUGCGUAAAUGGUUGGGAUUUGCGUGUGUUCAACACCGCACUGGAGCAGCUGGACGUGAUGCUGAAGAAGUGUGACGUUCCCCGUAUUGUGUCGCUGCUGGAGGUGCUGGAAACGAUGGCCGCCCUGCUGGACGAUGUGCGCCGGAUCGAUAUUGGUGAGGUGAUCCCGAAGCUGUUGCUCUGCAUCCGGCUCGUCGGAUCGACGAGCUUUACCGGGUCCGCGAUCGUACGAUCGUGUCUGCUAGCGAUCGCCCAUCUGCUCGAACGUUCCGUGGACGAGGUGGCUGGGUUCGAGUGGAAGGCGAAACAUUUAAAAACCGUAUCUACGCAGUGUGGCAACAGCUGUUCGCUGGUGCGCUCGUUUGCCUGGAACAUUCUGGCCAAAAUCGCACGCACCUUGCCCGGUGCCGCUGCAAUCGUGAAGGAGUGUGCCUACCUUCCCGGUGGCAUACACGCGUGCUGCAUCAGCACGAUGCUGGAUCGGAUGGAGGCCUGCUUGGUGAAGGAAUCGGCCGUCGGGCUGUUUGUGAAUUUGUUGUCGCACAUCAACGAGAAGGAUGGUUCGUUGCAUUCGUCCGUUCUGCCGGUGGAUGGCGCGGCAGGCAGCCGACGUAGUGCCGCCACUGCGAACACGAACUCCACGACGAACGCCUCGGUGGACUUGAUAUUGGAGCUGUUGGCAAAGCAACAGUUCUUCGAGGAAUCGGUCCGCUCGCUCGAAACCUACACCUGCAUGGAGUUCCUGCUGGACGACGACAGCCGGCAGCAGGACUCGGUCAUCUCGGCCGACAUGGUGAAAGCGUUCGCCGUGCUGUACCGCUGUCUGCUCGAGCUGGAUCCGUACGAGUUUGGGCAGCUGAUCGGCGAGAAGGGUUGCGUCCAGUGGUUGCUGGAGUGCGUCGAACAGCAGGCAAUGCUGCCGAACCGGGCCGUCUGCCUGAUGGUGGCGGAAGUUUGCCUGCUGCUGCUGCGCUGCAUGGACGAACCGACCCGCGAACCGCUGUGCAUGCUGCUUGGUGGCCACCAGAACUUCUUCGAAAGCAUUAUCUACAUGCUGAACCCGUGGCUGUACGGGAAGCUUACGCAGCCCGUGAUGGAGCAGACGCUGUGCUGCAUUAUGCGGUUCCUGUGCGCGCUGGUAGUGACCCCGAACGGGAAGCAGCAGAUCCAUCUGGAGUUUGAGCAUCAGGAUGUGAAGCCGAUCGCGAAGAUGAUCGAGAAUGGCAUUCUGCACAAAUCGAAAGGAUUUCAAAUUAUGUGCUUAAAAUUUCUGAGCCUAAUGUUGCACACGUCGGACGCGGUCGCAUCACCCACGGCCGAAUAUCCCUCCUUCCUGAUCCAGUUCGAAACGAUGGACAUGCACGCGGAAGGGCCCGAAAUGCUAAAGUCCUCGCAAAUGUUUCCAGACGAAGAGUACUCCGAGGUGGAGGACGACACGGAAAACACGAACCCGAACCGGCCGCUGACAGCAGCGGACACCGAGGAGAAACGGUUGAAGCGAGCGGACGACGGACCGAAGGACGGUACGAUGCGCAGUGGGUCGGCGUUAAUAUUUAAGGCGCUGUUGGGACGCUUCGAAUCGACGUGCAACCGCCAGCAGCUGGAAACGGGAGCGAUCACCACCACCAACUACAAGCGAACCGUGUACUCGACGCUGCAAACCAUGCUACACUUCUCGGGCGAAGCUUGCCGGGUCGCACGGGAGCACAAUCUGCUCGGCACCAUUCUCGAUUGGUUCGAUGCGAUUCACGAAGGGCUGGUAGGACGGCUAACGUACCCGGAGUUUUUGCGCAAGCAUGGCGACGUGAAGAAGCUUGCCGUCAUUGCGGAGCUGAAGGAGUUGGCCUGCCUGCUGGGCACCUGGUUCAGUGUGCCGGGUGAGCCGCUGCUGUUGCGCAUGGACCAGAUUGACCGGGUGUGCCAAACCGUGCUGCAGUAUUGGCCCUGGUUUAGCAAUCACAGCGCGCUGCAUAUGGAUUUCCUGCAGGUGUUGGCGUUCCUGACGGAGAGCCACAUCAUCGUGUGCAAAGCGCUCGCAGCAACGUUCCCCGGCUACCCGCACAGCAUCAUGAAGCUGCUGAUUGUGACGGCCACGGCGGAGACGGCCAAGGUGAAGGGGCCGAAGUACGAUCUGCAGCUGUUGCGCGUGUCGCUGCGGGUGUUGAAGAAUUGCUGCUGCUGUCACAAGGGGCGGAGCCUGAUCGGCAAGCUGAAUGUGUUCGACAACAUUAGCAAGCUGCAUCCGAGCGUUACCAAGCUGCAGAAACCGUGGAUCGAGGUGACGCACAUGUGGCUCGAGUUCUGGGAGGUGUACACGCGCUACGUGGACGUGAGCGAAGUGCGGCAUUUGACGGUGCUGGGAGCGCUGACACGCAAAUCCGACCUAGAGAUACGCCUGCUUGCGAUGGCGAUCGUGCGCAAUCUCACCUUUGUCCUGGCGAACCGGCCCGCACUGCUGGCCUCGUCCGACUACAUGUUCAUCCUGUGGAACGCUCUGCAGCGCACGUCCUGCCGGGGGGAGGUGCUGAUGGCGGCCGUAACGGUGUGGAAAAUGAUUGCCAACAAUCAGCGCGGCAAGGCAGCGAUCAAGAGCAGCCCGCUGGUACGGUUGAUCGAGGGUCAGGUGAAACACUACUCCAUGACGCCGGAAGGGAACGAUCAGAACGAGCUCUGGAACGUGCUGAUGACGGUGUACCAUAUAUUGAAGGCGUAAGUUGAAGAAAGCGAAUCGUACGAGUGAGAAAGCCAUAGCACAAAGCAACUUACGAGUGAGCAGCUGCCAGCAGCACCACCACAAAGCGUGUGCGUGUGACAAAAAGUGUCUUCUUUUUACAACAAAAAAAAAAGCGUACAAUCUAUAGGAGGAAUUGCAUGUUUUGAAUUCGGAAAACAAACGUACGCGGGGGGGGGGGGCGGUCGAGUUUUGAGUGCAACCGUACAGUUGCGCACCGGAAAAGGGUUUCAUUUGAGCUGUUGUUGGGAGGCAAUAAGUUUAACGUAUCGAUGUUUACUUCAUUGGAGGAUUGGAUGGCCGUGAAUGGAUGUGAAUGAGUUCACGAACUAUUAUGAGUGGAAUAAAAGGAGGAAGAAGCGGAACUAUAUUUUACAUGAAAUCAUGAA